CCAAUACAGCCUCAGAAUCCAUCUCAACUACACUGGAACCAACCUCCAUCCACCAGUUGGUGUUAGAACAUGAGCCAAGAUUGAUCUGCAAUUUCUCUUCUCAGCCCAUGGAGACAAGAAAACAGAAGGUGACGGCCAUGUCGGUGAGGCUGCGGUUCCUGUCCUCCGGGGACGCGGGGGCUGUCGGGGUCGUGGGCCGGAGCGCCUCCUUCGCGGGCUUCAGCAGCGCCCAGAGCCGGAGGAUCGCAAAGUCCAUCCAUGGGAACUCCGUGAGGUCUCGGAUGCCUGCAAAAUCCUCCAAGAUGUACGGCACGCUCCGGAAGGGGUCUGUCUGCCCCGACCCCAAGCCGCAGCAAGUGAAGAAGAUCUUUGAAGCCCUCAAGAGAGGCCUCAAGGAGUAUCUCUGCAUCCAGCAGGCGGAGCUGGAUUACCUGUCAGGUCGCCGCAAGGACACCCGCAGGAAUUCGAGGCUGGCUUUCUAUUAUGACCUGGACAAGCAAACUCGCUCUGUGGAAAGGCAUAUCCGGAAGAUGGAGUUUCACAUCAGCAAGGUGGAUGAGCUCUAUGAGGGCUACUGUAUCCAGUGCCGCCUGCGGGAUGGAGCCUCCAACAUGCAGAGGGCCUUCUCCAGGUGCCCGCCCAGCCGCGCCUCCCGAGAGAGCCUGCAGGAGCUGGGCCGCAGCCUGCAGGAGUGCAUCGAGGACAUGUGGCUCAUCGAGGCGGCCUUGGAGGUUCACCUGGGAGAGUUCCACAUCAGGAUGAAAGGCUUGGUGGGCUACGCACGCCUCUGUCCCGGAGACCAGUAUGAGGUGCUCAUGCGUCUGGGCCGCCAGCGCUGGAAGCUGAAGGGCCGGAUUGAGUCAGACGACAGCCAGACCUGGGAGGAGGAGGAGAAGGCCUUCAUCCCCACCCUGCACGAGAACUUUGAGAUCAAGGUGACAGAGCUGAGGGGCCUGAGUUCACUGGCAGUGGGCACGGUGACGUGCGACAUCACGGACUUCUUCACGACCAGGCCGCAGGUGAUCGUGGUGGACAUCACAGAGCUGGGGACCAUCAAGCUCCAGCUGGAGGUGCUGUGGAACCCGUUUGAUACUGAGAGCUUCCUGAUGUCACCCAGUCCCACAGGCAAGUUCUCCAUGGGCAGCAGGAAGGGCUCCUUGUACAACUGGACACCCCCAAGCACCCCCAGCUUCCGAGAGAGGUAUUACCUGUCUGUCCUGCAGCAGCCAGCGCAGCAGGCUUUGCUGCUGGGUGGGCCGAGGGCCACCCCCAUCCUCAGCUACCUAUCUGACAAUGACCUUCGGGGCCCGGGCCUACGGAGCCAGAGUCAGGAGCUGCCUGAGAUGGACUCCUUCAGCUCCGAGGACCCCCGAGACACGGAGACCAGCACCUCAGCCUCUACCUCGGACGUGGGGUUCCUGCCCUUGGCCAUUGGCCCCAACACCUCCAUUGAAGAGGAGGCCCAGGAGGACCCCCAGCCCCUGGGCCUCCUGCCAGAGAUAGCCCAUCUGGCUGGAGCCGCCUUCGUGGAGCAGCCUGGCUGGAGGAAUUUGGGAAUAGAGGACCCCGACCUGGCAGGAGGCUCCCCAGGGCACAACCAUACAGCCCCGGGCAGCCAGAAGGACCACGACAAAGGAGAACCCGAGGACAGAGUGGAUGGGCCAGAGGUGACCCUUGAGAGGCCCCUGCAAGAGGUCCUGGAUUUACUGCGCUCCGUGGACCCCCAGCCACAGCUGCGGGAGCUGGAGUACCAGCUUCUCAGCUUCAGGGACCGGCUGAAGCCCCGCGGAGCUCCCCAGGAGCACCCCUCCGCCGAGAGCCUGAUGGAGUGCAUCCUGGAGAGCUUUGCCUUCCUCAACGCUGACCUCGCCCCGCAGGAGCUGUCCCUAUUUGGGGGCUGCCCGGGUCCCCGAAAGGACAGGAUCCCGCUGCCCCCAAGGAAAGCGUCAUCUAGGGGGCUCACGGCCGGCACCCUGGAGCUGGACAGGCUGCUCACGAUCCACCUCCAAGUCUGCAAAGCUCUGCUGCAGAAACUGGCCUCUUCUAACUUGUCGAGGGUGGUCCAGGAGAGCCUUCUGGAAGAAGCUGCGCAGCAAAAGCAGGUUCUGGAGAUGCUUUCUGUGCUCGAUUUUGAGAAGGUCAGCCAGGCAACAUCCAUCGAAGAAAUCAUUCCCCAGGCCGCGCGGAGGAAGGGGUGCCUGAAGCUGUGGAAAGGGUGCACAGAGCCCGGCAGGGUCCUGUCCUGCGCCGCCACCGUGCUGCUGAACCAGCUCAAGAAAACGUUCCUGCACAGAGUCCGAGGGAAGUACCCGGGACAGCUGGAAAUAGUGUGCAGGAGGCUCCUGGAGCAGGUGGUCAGCUGUGGGGGGCUGCUCCCCGGAGCCGGGCCUCCCGACGAAGAGACGGUCACCUGGUUCCAGUUCCACAGCUACCUGCAGCGGCACAGCGUCUCUGACUUGGAGAAGCAUUUCGGCCGGCUCACCAAGGAAGUGACACUCGUCGAGGAGCUGCAGUGUGCAAGGCAGGGCAAGGCGGUCAGGAAGCUGCAGGGGAAGCGGCUGGGCCAGCUCCAGCCCUUGCCCCAGACACUGAGGGCCUGGGCGCUGCUCCAGCUGGACGGGCCCCCACGAGUGUGCAGGGCAGCCAGUGCCCGCCUGGCUGGCGCAGCCAGGAACAAGAGCUUUCGGGAAAAGGCUUUGCUCUUCUACACCAACGCUCUGACAGAGAACGAUGCCAAACUCCAGCAGGCCGCGUGUGUGGCGCUCAAACACCUCAGGGGCAUCGAAAGCAUCGAUCAGAUUGCCAGCUUGUGCCAGUCUGACGUGGAGGCCGUGAGAACAGCAGCCCGGGAGGCCACACUGUCAUUCGGUGAGAAAGGACGCUUGGCUUUUGAGAGGAUGGAUAAACUCUACUUGGAACAAAGAGAAGAGGCCUUCUGCCAGGAGGCGGAUGUUGAAAUCACAAUAUUUUAAGCCUUGGCUGAUGAACGCCAACGUUGGCAUCUUUGUCUUCGUUCCCACCCAGCCUUGACACAGGAACUGAGUUUGGGGUGGGGGGUGCGCUGCAUGCUCCCCACUAAGUGUGAGCUGGCCUGCGCUCCUCCCUCUGUCUCCAGGCCAGUCACGACUUCUAGGGGCACAAAUGAGGCCUUCCGUACUGGAGCAGAAGAGGCUGGCCAGCACUUUGAAGGUUGUAUGACUAACCACAUGACCAGCUUUUUGGUCCUGACAAUGUGUCUGACCUUCCCCAGUGAGCUGCAUGGCAAAAGGGCCAAGGCCAGGCAGGAUGAGGCCUGGAGCGAAAGGUUCCAAGAGGAAUGCACGGCACUUGGGGUUCUCCCUGCAGGUUCUGGUUCAGUAAGGACUGGGAAUGAACUGGCAAGCGGGCGGACUGCUCUUGCUGAGGAGGACACGGCGGGUCACAUCAGCAGCAGCGGGCUGUCCCCUCUGCGAGCUGGGGACAGUGGGAAGAGGGAGCUGGGGUUUCACAAUUCACGCUCUUAACCCGAGCUGCAGCCCAAAUGUUUCGCCGUGGAGCCUGCUGACCAUGGACCUUAUUCUCCCGUGUUCAACAGCACAAAGAAAAAAAUGCCACCGGCUGAG